UUGGCCCAUGUCUCUUGGGAGUGCAUGUAUGUAAACUAAACAGGGUCGGUUAUAUGUAGGGUCUUCGUAUUUGUUAUGAUUAAGUCAGUCGCAACACUCAAUGCUGAAGACCUGGUCUCACUCCACAGCACUUCAGGUCAAGGGUCACAGUACACCUGUCAGUCGACUGACCCUUUAAGUAACGAUAAACAGGGGACUCUGGUCGGUAAGUGGAGUAACAGAGCGCCAAAAAGGCUUUUUUGUCACCCAUACAACAUUUUUGCGGUUUCCGACAGGGUAGAACAACCCUCGAAGGUCUCCCACUUGACGAAAGUUGUGGGAAGCGUGUCAGUGAAGUAUUGCGCUGAUAGACUUCUCUUCUACAGGCAUUCAUAUGGCAUGAUGGCGUUUAAUAAGUUUAUCUUGUUCUGUCUGGAAAUCGUCUGUCUCCUUGUGGACUCAUUGAAUACAGCAUCAUCUGAGAGUCAGAUGAAUCUGCCGAGUUUCUGCGAGAAGGAGUGCCCGCCGUUUGAAACCCUGUGCUCUACUGGAGACUACGAGGUUCGGCGCUACGCCAGCUCCAUGUGGGUCUCAACUACCGAGCACAGCGACUCGUUCUCUUUCGGCCAGCUUCGGGCAGCCGAGAGACUGGUCAACUACAUAGAGGGAGAAAACAGCAAAGGUAUGAAGAUGCCUCUGACGGUACCGUUUGUGACGCAGCUGAGCAUGUCGGGAGAUGCGGUUACCGUGGCUACCCUGGUGCCCAAGAACCUCCAUGCAGACCCUCCGACCCCUCAGCAUCCUAAGGUGGUACUUGACGUUCUACCGGAGACAGUCCUGUAUGUCCGUCCCUUCUCUGGGUACACCACGCGCAGCCUGGUGAAAUCCCAGGCACAGAAACUCUUCCGGUCACUCCAGAGGAACGCAGAACCGUUUUACGGCGAGCAGGAUUAUUUUUACGUUGCCCGUUAUCCCAGAAUUGGUACUUUCAAGACACCCAAACCGCGGAACUCGAGACACUGCCUUCUCUACGGCGACACCCACGAGUGUGACUCAUACAGGGCACAGAAACGUAGGAUCUCCUCAUCAAGAAAGCGGGUUCGGAGAUAUAACGAGAUCUGGGUGUUCGCCACCAACGAGCGGACCCAGAACUACCGCCGGUUCGUCUACGGGAGAGAACUCAACUUUCUGAGCGUUCCGUCAUGCCUGAGACAUUCUGCAAACAACAGUCUGCAGACAUGGGGACGCCCUCUACCAGGAGCCACCGAGUGGAUGCUGAAGUCACAGUGUGGGGACAAGUUUUGCACAUCGAAAAGUUGCCCGAGGUACAAAGUACUUGAGACUCACAAGACCGGGAUUGAGACCCGGAGUUACGGGAACCUGCACCUGAUUGGUCACAUGCCGGCCACGUGUCACUACGACUACGUGGAACCGCUGGGAACAGAGCCAAUCAAACGUCACAUGAAUAAGACAGACGAGCUCUCGAGGUUGUCCACAGACAUGCUGCCCCGCAAGGCUACCUUCAUCACCCAGCGGUACCGGAGGGGGCACGAGGGGUGCGACAAGUUCUUCCUCUUCUACUACCCUGUAGCAGACGUCAGCGAACUCAACCUGAAAAGAGCCCUCCUCCUAAAGCGCUUUGAUUACCUGGACACGUACGUCAGAUGCUUCACCGGUUACGUCAGUCCUGACGUCACCAUGGACCAGGCGCGUUACCUUAGCGACCAGCUCCAUGACAACGGGCUGUGUCGUGUGCGGGACAGGGUGACGGUGGCGGAGUACGACAGCCAAUCACGACUGUUCGAUCGUCAUAACGAAAUCCUUUUUGACGCAGCGGAUUGCAAGAAGACCCAGGAGCGCGCACCGGAGUUUGUCUUCAGUCUGCCUGUCAGGUCAGAUGGCGUUAACGUCCAUUAG